AUGAACUUCAAUCCAUCGAGACGACUGGAGAAGAGCAUCUCAGACCACGACAUCAACACACACACACACAUCGCCGUCAUGGUCACACGCUCGCUACUACGGCGGCCGCUGAGUGCCAUUGCCUCAUCCGCCUGGACAUGUCCUUCAUGUACCACCCGCGCCGCCUCCAUCCUCCCAUCCCACUCCUCCCGCACUCCCUCAAUCCUCCAACGCUCUCAACCCCAGCGACGCUCCCUCCACCACCGCCCACCCCUCCCCUACGACGAUGUCUUCACCCGCGAAGGCGUUCCCGGCCUCUUCACCUCCGGCGGCUACGACAUCGUCUGGCGGCAAUAUCAAUCCAUGCUCGCCUCCAAACUCAACGAACUCGUCGCCGGCGAACCGAUCGAAAACGACGACGCCCGCACCCUCGUCCUCAAAUUCGCCCGCGACCCCGAAAACGCCUCCGUCUUCAACCACGCCAGCAUGAUGCACAACAACCACUUCUUCUUCCGCAACCUGUCCUCCGCGCCUCUCCCUUUAGCAAAGGCGCCCUUAAUCCAAGGGACUCUGGAGAAAGAAUUCGGAUCCAUUGAUACUCUCAAAGUCACAUUCCUCGACACCGCGGCUGCUAUGUUCGGCCCGGGUUUCGUCUGGCUAGUAUGGGCUCGCGAACCGACACGAUCAAGAGAAGGAGCAUGGAGGAUUCUCACGACCUACAACGCGGGUACACCGUAUCCCGAAGCCGGAUUCCGACAGCAGGGGGUGGACAUGAACAAUCAAAACAAAGAGUCGUUUGCCAAUUAUCUCGACGGCGGACAACUCCUGCGACCAACGAAUUCAGCCGGCGCGUUCGGAGCUCAUAGUUCGACGGGCAGGGAAUUGGCCAAGAUGCCACCGGGCGGCACGACGGUUAUGCCGGUGUUGUGCGUUAGCACCUGGGAGCAUGCGUACAUGUAUGACUUUGGGGUGCGUGGGAAGAGGGAGUAUCUGGAGAACUGGUGGAAUGUGAUCGACUGGGGUUCGGUGGAGGCUUUGGCGCCGAAGAGUGCGCUGGGGGCGAAUCUGGGGUUCCACGGGUCGAGAGCUCAGACGAGGUGGUCGGAAAGAUGAGCGUGUGAAGAAGAAAGGUGGCAUAGACCGGCAGCAUGGAUCGGCAGCAUAGACUAUGUUCAGACGAUGUGUACAUUAUACAAAAACCUACCAAGCGUCGGCUGCAGAAGCCUUAGCCUUG